UCUUCCAUAUUUUCUCCCUUUUUUUAAGUCCAUAAUAUUUACCUCCAGUCCCCACUAAGCCAUUUUUUUUCCCUUUUUGGACCGGAAGAGAUGGGGGUGUAUAAUUCACUGCUUGAAUAGUAGUAGCAUCAAGAUUUAGAAAAGAGAUGUCUUGGGAAAUCGAAGAGAUUGGAGAAGAUAGCAAGAGUGAAGUAAGUAACAAAGAUGGUGGAGGAAUAACAAAUGAUGUUUAUGUAGCUGUUGGCAAAAAUGACUUGCAUGUUCUUCAAUGGGCACUUGAUCAUGUCAUCUCCCCAGGAAUUCGCAUUUGCCUUGUCCAUAUUUUUCCUCCUAUUACCUACAUCCCUUCACCAGUUGGAAAGUUAUCAAAAAGCCAAUUGAGCAGAGAGCAGGUGCAAGCCUACAUCAAUCAAGAGAGUAACAGGAGGAAAAAUCUCUUGGAAAAAUACAUCCGCCUAUGCAAUGAUGCCAAGGUACCAGUAGAUACUGUACUUGUGGAGAGCAAAUCACCAGCCAAAACAUUACUUGAUCUAAUCGCCGUCGUCAACGUUACCAGCCUUGUGAUUGGAACUAAGCGAUCACUUUCCACCAUACGAGUGAAGAAGGGACAUGGAGUAGGAGAAUAUGUUCAAAAGAAUGCACCAGAUUUCUGUCAAGUUAAGGUCGUUAGUGAAGGCAAAGAGAUUAAGAACGAGCAUGUGGUGCAGGUGAAAGGGAGUAGUAAUCCUACUUCUCUUGUGCGUAGUAAACAAUCUGACAGGAAUUUCUUUGAAUGCAUGUGCUUUUCUGGCAAGUUUAAUUGAAAUGUGGGAAGAAAUAUGAGGAAAGUAGGCCUUUGUACAAGUUUAAUAGCAUAGCGUUACUCUCAGUUUUCUAAUUUAGAUGUUAUGUCUAGUGUCUAGUACAUAAAAUGAUAACAUAGAGAAAGUACUCCAAAAUAUCCACUACUAAAUAACCUACUUAAUUUUUUUUUCACAA